GCCGAUGGAACCGUUUGGCUCCUCCGAUGUUAAUUCCCUUCAAUUCUUGCUUUGAAACAUCAAGAGUCCCAAUUUUUGUCUCCUACAAAUUAAUGCUUUCAAGGAUUUGAAGAGUUAAGGGGAGAAGAUUUAUCAUGGGGACAGAAUCAAUGAUCUCAAUAAUCACGAUGAUGAUAAUGGUGAUGAUGAUGGGUGCAAAAGCAUUUGAUCCCAAGGAAAUCUUUAUGAAAGAUAGCAACAAUGUCUAUGAUCCUUGCUCUGAUGCAAAAGUUCAGAAAAAUGAUGGAUUCAGCUUUGGUCUUGCCUUUUCAUCCAAGGAAUCUUUUUUCUUUAACCAGGUUCAGCUUUCCCCCUGUGAUACCCGCCUCUCCUUGGAGAGCAAAGGUGCAAAACUUUCAGUUUUUCGGCCAAAGGUGGAUCAGAUCUCCCUCCUCACUAUCAACAGCACUGACUUUAAUCCUCUUGAAUCUGGUGGAUAUAUGGUAGCAUUUGCUGGAAGAAAGUAUGCAGCAAGAUCAGUACCAGUAAUGGUGGCUGAUGAUAAAAACACCAUGAUCAGUUUCACUUUGGUUCUUGAAUUCCAGCAAGGUACAUUGCAGAAUUUAUACUGGAAAAGCUUUGGGUGUGAUCACUGCUCUGGGAUUUGCCUUAACAAGCAAGACUGUGCAAUACCAACCUCAAAGUGCAAGAGCGGCAGCGGGCCUAUCAACUGUGGCCUUGGCAUUCAGCUGGCAUUUUCAGGCACAGACAGGAACCUAGAAGCACUAAACACAUGGUAUGAAGUUAGCAAUCUCCGGCAAUACUCCCUCUAUGGCCUGUACUCGGAUGUUCGUGAUUCCGUCACAAGCCAAUAUGAUUCCUAUAAUAACUUGUUCUAAGCCUUGUAUUGAUUGAAGUAUAUUUGUCACUAGCAAGCUAAGUAAGCCAGAGUUAAUUAUUUGCAAAAGUAUAUAUAACUGAGGUUUAAAAUACUCCCUUUUGAAUUCCAGAAUGAAGAUGGUAUUCUGAU